CAGGUGGCCGUGACGUCACCCGGGCUUAAGGUGCUGUGCGCUCGAGUCUCCCCGGAGCUUCUCAGUGCUGCUGGAGGAGAACACGAAGAUCGCUUGUUGUGAACUAUGGCCGUGUUUAUCGCUUGUGGAUGAUGAUUUCACCGAACAUCUAAAAAGGCCUCCAGCACCAUCUGAUCUUGGACAGGGACCAAAUGCCAAUCCACUGAGAAAGGAUUAAAACAGGAAUCUUUCACCUCACCUAAGUAGGUGUGAAUUGCUGGCUGGAGUCAUGGGGAACCAGCUGACUGAUAUCGCUCCCAGCACACCGUUCCUGCCAAGCUUCCAGUGCCUACACGUGGUCGUCAUUGGCCUCGAUUCGGCCGGAAAAACCUCUCUGCUCUACAGGCUCAAACUCAAGGAGUUUGUCAAAACAAUCCCAACCAAGGGCUUCAACACAGAGAAGAUCAAAGUGGCAGUCGGGGCAUCUCGUGGAAUAAACUUCCAGAUUUGGGAUGUGGGUGGGCAGGACAAGCUGCGUCCGCUCUGGAAGUCCUACACUCGCAGGACAGACGGGAUGGUGUUUGUGGUGGACUCCACUGAGCUGGAGCGAAUGGAGGAGGCCAAAGUGGAGCUCCAUAAGAUCACCCGGACGUCAGAGAAUCAGGGAGUCCCGGUGCUAAUUCUCGCCAACAAACAGGACCUGGACUCGGCCUCGUCUGUGAGCGAGGUGGAGAAGCUGCUCUCUGUUCAUGAACUGAGCAUGUACACGCUGUAUCACGUGCAGAGCUGCAGCGCUGUGGACGGUCAGGGGCUCCAGCUGGGCUUGGAGAAACUCUAUGAGAUGAUCCUGAAGAGGAAGAAGAUGGUGAAGCACAACAGGAACAGGAAGAGAUGAACUACCGGUUCACAUUGUGGACUUUACACAUCAGAGAUUUAUACACUGCUCAGAUGCUUCCAGGCUUAAUGGUCCUCUUUAAUGGGAAAGCAAUUUGUGCCAACAAAACAACAAUUACACACGGCCUGAGGGUCCGGAGAAAUGGAUUUGCUCAUAAUAACUGAAACAGUAUUGACAUUUUUUUUGUUCUGCAGCUGUCCUUUGAGAGCUUAUAGACUUAAGGAGACCUUGAUAGCAGUUAGUCCUCACUAAGUGCUUUUCUACACUAGUUUUAAAGAAGAUUUCUGAGAAGACACUUGCCUGUUCACUUUAGGACUCAUAGAGGGCCACAUUCCCAUUUGAUGAAGAAGAUUUAUUUAAAAUAACGUUCUUAUAUUCCUCAAAAGGCUUGCACAGAUUCUGUACCACUAAAUUGCUGUUUUUCUUCCACAAUGUACUGAUCUUUUUUCAAAAUAUUUAUUCAGUGUAUAUGUAUUUGUACUGGACAGAGGCUCCUUUUUCUUUUUUGUAAUUGUAGUUUCAUUCCUAACAGAUCCUAAGUGCAUUCCCUUCAUAGACACAUAUAUAUACAAAUUUAGCUACCACUGUAUAAUUAUAGUGUUUUUACAAAUUGUAAUUUUUUUGUAAACUGAAGACUUAAUAAACCUAGCACUGUACAGAACAUACAUUGCUAUCUUUGUAUUUUGAAGGUAGCUGAUAGGAAUGAGUUAUACUUUUUGGAUUACAUGGCACGCAUAAUCUCUCAGCUCUAAAUUCACCUCAAUAUUGAGAUUUUCUGGCCACUUCUACAGUGAUGUCCAAAUGGAUUCAA